UCCGCGUCACUUCCGGCCCGCCCGCGCCUGCGCACCGCCUCUCUCUCUGCGUCGGCGCCGGCGGAAGAUGGCCAAGCGCACCAAGAAGGUCGGGAUCGUGGGUAAAUAUGGGACCCGUUACGGUGCAUCCCUCAGGAAAAUGGUGAAGAAGAUUGAAAUCAGCCAACAUGCCAAGUAUACUUGCUCCUUCUGUGGCAAGACCAAAAUGAAGAGGAAGGCUGUGGGUAUCUGGCACUGUGGAUCCUGCAUGAAGACAGUUGCUGGUGGUGCCUGGACUUACAAUACCACCUCUGCGGUGACAGUCAAAUCUGCCAUCAGAAGACUGAAGGAACUGAAGGACCAGUAGAAGCUACUUCUUGUUCUCCUUGUGAAACAUCUUUUUCUCCACUGUCAAGAUCUGUCCUUUUAUCAAUAAAAGGGUGAUAAUGGA